AUGAGUUCAGUAAAAGACAACAACAACAACAACAACAAUCAAAUAUUAGAAGUUUGUAAACUUUCCAAAUCUAAACAAGAAGAAUUAAAAGCCCUUGAUAAUGCUGGGAAAACUCCCCGACGAGUUAAAGUAUAUCUACUAAAUGGUGAUGAUUGGAUAGACAAUGGUACUGGGUUUUGUGUGGGGGAAAUAGAUAAAGAAACAAAUCUACCUUAUUUUCUUGUUCGAAAUGAAACUGAUAACAAUAAUAUAAUAUUAAAAUCAUAUCUUGAAGGAUCUAUACAAUAUCAAAGACAACAAGAAACAUUAAUUGUUUGGACUGAUUCUAAUGGAUCAGAUUUAGCUUUAUCAUUUCAAGAAACUGAAGGAUGUGGUGAUUUAUGUGAUUUUAUAAUACGCGUACAACAAGGAAAUAUAAGUCCAGGAAUUUCAUUAUAUUAUGUGAUACCCAAUAUUAAUGAAGGUGAUGAUAUUACUGAAUUAAUCACUGGACCUAUAAGGUACCCUCCACAACAUCCUAAUUUAGAAAAUUUGGAAAUUAUUUUAGAAACAAUAAAUCAAGGGAUUAAUUCUCAAUUUACAAGAACAAAUAUUCUGGAAUUUUUAAUUGAAAAUGAUUAUUUCAAUAAAUUAAUAAAAAUUUUCCAUCAAGCUGAAAUUAAUGAAAAUAUUGAUAUAUUAUAUAAUAUUAGUGAUAUUAUUAAAUCAUUAUUUCUUUAUAAUGAAUCCCUGAUUAUUGAAUAUUUAUUAUCAUCAGAAGAAAAAAUUUUUGGAUUAGUAGGAAUAUUAGAAUAUGAUUCUGAAUAUCCAAAUUAUAAAGCUUGUCAUAGAAAUUUCCUUAUUAAUCAAUCUUAUAUUAAAGUUAUCCCAGUAGAAAAUAUUGAAAUUUUUAAACGAGAUUUUUAUUUAAAUUAUUUAAAAGAUGUUGUACUAGCAAGAUUUUUAGAUGAUUCUACUUUUAAUUUAAUAACAUCUUUAAUUUAUUCUAAUCAUUUGGAAAUAUUCAAUUAUAUUAAAGAUUCAAAAAUUCUUGAACAUUUAUUCAACAUAUAUGAUGAUAAUGAUAAUGAUAAUGAUGAUAAUAAUGAUGAUAAUAAUGAUGAUGAUAAUGAUAAUGAUGAUAAAAUUAAAAUGAAAAGACGAGAUGGAGUGAAAAUGCUUCAUCAAUAUGUAUUAAUUGCUAAAUCACUGCGUAAACAUGAUUUUUUUGCCCUGUUGGUUAAACAUGGAUUACUUAAAAUGAUAAAUUUUGCAUUAAAUGAUAAAGAAGAUCAAAUAAGAGUAUUAGGAACGGAAUUAAUUGUUAUAAUUAUUGAACAAGAUGUUUCUCUUGUUAAUUCUAUUGAUCAUGAAGAAACUACAAUUGAUAAUUCUGAUCCUCCAAUUCUUGAAGAAUUAAUUCAUAAUAAUAAUAAUAAUAAUAGCAAUAACAAUAACAAUAACAAUAACGAUAACAAUAACGAUAAAAACAAAAUUGAUAAUGAAGAUAUAUCUAUACCAACUACACCAAAAGAAGGUAAAUUAAGAUUAUCAGAUGAUAUGACAUUAAUAUCAAUAUUAAGUAAAUUACUUGUGGAAGAUAAAAAUAUUGGAUUAAAAAUGCAAGCAUUUGAAGCGUUGAAAAUAUUACUUGAUCCAAAUAUAGUUGCUACUACUAGUGCUAAUGGAUUAAGUCCUACAAUUGGAACCAAUAACCCUAAUAUUUCAAAUUCUUCAUUAUUUAAUUCUUCCAAUUCAAUGAAUAAAUCACUAAGUAAAAUAAUUGAUACCAAUAAUAAGAAUAAUAAUAAUAAGAAAGAUAAUGAAGAAUUCAAAUUUACUAAUGAAGAAUUUCAAGAAAUAAAUACUAAUACAUAUUUUAAAGCCUUUUAUGAUCAAGUUGCACCUAAAUUAUUUGAAAAAUUAUCUAUAUUAGCCAAUUUAGAUUUAGAUCUAGAUCUGGAUCUAGAUCUGGAUCAACAACAACAACAACAACAACAACAACAACAACAACAACAACAUUUGAAGGUUAAUAAUUCUAAACAUGAAGAAUUAUUAUAUCAAUUAUUAUGUGAAUUAAUAACAUUUUGUACAUUUGAACAUAAAUUAAUAUCAUCAAGUCGAUCAUUUUUCAUUGAAAAUCAUAUAUUAUUAGGAAUUAGUAAAAUUUUAAUUAUUAAUUAUAAAUUAAUAAUUAAAUUAACUUCAAUUAGAUGUUUAAAAAAUUUAAUUUUAUUAAAUGAUGAAUUUUUCACAAGAUAUUUUAUAAAUUAUGAUUUAUUGAUAUAUUUUUUCAAAUUUUUUAAUGAUAUUAUUAAUAAAAAUAAUCUUGCUAAUUCUACAUGUUUAGAUUUUAUGGAAAUUAUUAUUAAAGGUUGUAAUGAUGGAGGAAUUGGUAAUAAUAAUAAUAAUAAUAAUAAUAAUACUAAUACUAUUAAUAAAAAAUCAAAUUAUAUUUUAUUGGCGAAAUAUAUUUAUAAAAAAUAUGGUGAAUUUAUUAAAGAGAAAUUGAAUUAUGUUGAUACAGGGAAAAGAUUGAUUGAUUUAGUAACUCAUACCCUUAAUGGGAGUAGCAGCAAGAACAAUAGAUUAAAUGGUGUACAAACUUUUAAUGAUAGUUAUGAUGAAGAACAACAAGAAGAAAAUGAUAAUGAUGAUGAUGAAUAUAAUGAUUCUGAUGAAAAUAUUGGUACUAAAACUGAUGAUUUAGGAUUAUCUGAAGAUGAAAUGUUACCACAUAAUGCAUCAACACCUAUCAAUGAAGAAGAUGAAGAAGAAGAAGAAGAAGAAGAAGACACAAGGGGGUUGUAUACAGAUGUUGUUACUGAGGAAUUAAUAAUUAAUGAAAAGAAAAGACCAAGAGAAGAAUCGAAUAAUAUUAAAGAAACAUCAAUAAUCAAUAAUAGUAAUAAUAAUAACAAUAACAAUAAUUCAAAUCAAAUUGAUGGUUCACUUAAUAAAACUACUAAACCUAAUGAUAAUGACAGUUUUAAUGGUACGAAAAAAAUUGCUUUAACUACAACAUCAGAUAAUCAGCUGUAA